AGUGUCCACUCCGAGGUGUGCUCUCCUCUGAGUUAGACCGGGAGGAGAGCUUCAUGGCAAGUUUUACCCUGGAAAAGCGCUCCGUGCCUUGAGUCAAAUUGAAUUUAGUAAGACUUUUGUUUCUAUAGGGAAUGACUAUAUUGGAAGUCUUUAUUUUUUCCUUAGAACAGCAACCUCGGUGUCCCGGGGGAGCCUUUUUUGUUGUUUAGGUUUAGGGUUAACGUAACUGAACACAACCGCGGGUCUUCCUUCAUCUUGGAGAGUAGGCAUAUUUAAAAAAAUACUGUCAAAUACUUUGUGCCUGACGUGUUUGAGUCUGCUGGGAUAAGCUGCGAUGAGGAGGGAAUUUAAAAGCGGCUAAGCGCCAGACGGAGACAGCGAAAGCUAAGCUCAUCUCACCAACCACAGUCUCGACCACAAAGAUACAGAACGGCCCUAGUAAGAGUAGAAGAGAAGCAAGCGGACUUCUUGUCUCCUUUCCUGUUGUUGCACACAUUCCCCUCUCCCUCUGCUUUUUUCUCCUCCAUCAUCCUCCCUCUUGCCUCCACAUGUGAUUUCUUCUAUCUCAUUUGUGUUUUUCCAUCCUGAACUACCUCUUCACAUCCUCCCCCUCCCCUACCUCUCUCUCCGUCCCCCCUCCCUCUCCAUUUCUCUGGCAGGCUGCUCGUUGCAGUGAGUCAGUAUCAUGGAGGCAGGCAGCGGGGCUGCUGCAGCGGUGGGAAGUGCAGCACUAGGACUGCUGGGAUCCACAGCCACGUCCAGUCAUGACAUCUUGGACAGGAGCCUGAGACCUGGACGUCACCUGGAGGACGACAACAGUGUGCCUGAACUGGCCCACAUCCAUCCCAGAGAAAGACCUGACUGGGAGGAAACCAUCAGUGCCAUGGCAAGGAGUGCAGAGAUCCCUGAGCUGCGCACGGAGCCCCUCAUGCGCUCAUGCAGCAGCAGCACGGCCAGCAUGAAGGUCAAGAAUGUCAAGAAACUUUGCUUCACCAAGGGCCACUUCCCAAAACUGGCAGAGUGCGCUCACUUCCACUAUGAAAAUGUAGACUUCGGCACAAUUCAGUUGUCCCUCGGGGAUGAACAGUGUGAAGUGACACGGAACAGCUAUGAGUCUAAGGACCUGGUGUACUUGGUUCAUAUUUACUGCCAGGGUCGAAGCUGGAUUGUGAAACGCAGCUAUGAGGAUUUUCGUGUCCUGGACAAGCACCUGCACCUCUGCAUCUAUGACCGACGCUUCUCACAGCUGCCCGAGCUGCCUCGAUUAGACAGUCUGACUGAUCAGUCAGAAUCAGUUUCCCAGAUGUUGUUAGCUUACCUCUCCCGCCUCUCGGCCAUUGCUGACAACAAGAUUAACUGUGGGCCUGCCCUCACAUGGAUGGAGGUUGACAAUAAGGGGAAUCAUCUGUUGGUCCAUGAAGAGUCAUCCAUCAAUGUGCCAGCAAUUGCUGCUGCCCACGUGAUCAAGCGCUACAUCGCCCAGGCCUCAGACGAGCUGUCCUUCGAGGUUGGUGACAUUGUAUCAGUGAUUGACAUGCCCCCUAAAGAAGACACCACAUGGUGGAGAGGCAAGCAUGGCUUUCAGGUUGGCUUCUUUCCCAGCGAGUGUGUUGAGCUCAUAAAUGAUAAAGUGCCGCAGUCUAUGACCAACUCAGUGCCAAAGCCAGCCUCCCCCUGCUCUGGCCUGCAGCCUGCUUCUUGGAGUCUCUUCCCCCCCUACUUGGAAAUGGAGAGUGUAAUACAGGAAAGUGCAUGGGAAGCCGACCCGCUAAACCACUACAGCCUAAGUUCAGUGUCUAAGAAGCACGGAAAGCUGAUCACCUUCUUACGCUCCUUCAUGAAGUCCAGGCCCACCAAGCAGAAGCUGAAGCAGAGGGGCAUCCUCCGGGAGAGGGUGUUUGGCUGUGACCUGGGUGAACACCUCCUUAACUCAGGACAUGAUGUGCCCCAAGUCCUCAAGAGCUGCACCGAAUUCAUUGAGAAACACGGGGUGGUGGACGGCAUCUACCGCCUCUCUGGAAUCGCCUCCAAUAUCCAGAAAUUGCGGCACGAGUUUGACUCGGAGCAGAUCCCUGACCUGACCAAAGACAUUUAUAUCCAGGACAUCCACUGUGUUGGCUCACUGUGUAAGCUCUAUUUCAGAGAGCUGCCCAACCCGCUGCUCACCUACCAGCUCUACGAGAAAUUCUCUGAAGCUGUAUCAGCAGCAACAGAUGAAGAACGAGUCAUCAAAAUCCAUGAUGUCAUCCAGCAGCUUCCUCCGCCACAUUACAGGACUCUGGAGUUUCUCAUGAGACACCUCUCCCGCUUGGCAACAUUCAGCUAUAUCACCAACAUGCACAGCAAGAACCUAGCCAUCGUCUGGGCACCCAACCUGCUGAGGUCAAAACAGAUUGAAUCUGCGUGCUUCAGUGGCACAGCAGCCUUCAUGGAAGUUAGAAUCCAGUCGGUGGUGGUGGAGUUCAUCCUCAACCAUGUGGAUGUUCUCUUUAGCACGAAACUCAGCUCGCUAAUACGAGAGGGAGCAGGUCACAACUCGCUGUCAAGGCCCAAGUCCCUACUGGUUUCAUCGCCUUCCACCAAACUUCUGAGUCUGGAGGAGGCCCAGGCCAGGACACAGGCUCAGAUCAACUCUCCAGUCACUGAAGACAGCAAGUACAUCGAGGUGGGCGAAGGUCCUGCUGCCCUGCAGGGCAAGUUCCAUACAGUCAUCGAGUUUCCCACUGAAAGGAAGAGGCCUCCUAUUAAAUCCAAGAAGUCUCCUGUAGGUAGUUGGCGUUCUUUCUUCAACCUGGGCAAGUCUUCUUCCAUGUCCAAGCGUAAGCUGCACCGCAAUCCCAGUGAGCCUAAUGAACUAAAGGCUAUAACUCUCGCUGGAGGCAGAGGAGACACAGCAACAUUAAGAUCAGCCAAAAGUGAGGAAUCACUGAGUUCCCUGCACAAUGUUGAAGGAGAGUCCAAGGUGUAUCGUCCACGAAGGCCGCGCUCCAGCAGCGAUGCACUGUCAGCCUCCUUUAAUGGUGAGUUACUGGAUAGCCGGCAGCACUGCAACUCCUAUGACAAUGUGGAUGCCACAGAAGACAGUGAUGGAGAUGAUGGACCCAUCUGUGUGCCUGCUCUCAUCUCGCCUCCCCGCUCAGCAAGUGAAGAUGUGGACCUCAGCCCACCAGACAUUGGAAUGGCCUCCUUGGACUUUGAUCCCAUGUCUUUCCAGUGCAGUCUCCCCAACACCUCUUACGCCUUCCCCCUCGAUGACUCAACAGCUGGGGCUGAGGGUUCCACAUUAAAGAGGAGCCCUGGCACCAUAUGUGGCAAGACCAAUGGCUCCGACCUCACCUCUGUCUCCUUCACGGGUGGCUUGGACUACCCCCUUGUUGUCAACCUGGCUGCUGGAGAGAACAUAGAAAGCAAGAAACUGACCACUUCCUAUUCUUUCACUGAUAAACCCACACAGGCUGUGUCCCCUCUUAAAUGUGGAAAGGCCACUCAUUUGACACCUUUUUCCACUUCAGAGCAUUUCUCUGCAGAGAUUCCUGACAAGAAUAUAACUGGACAGCUUCUUUCUCCACAACCAUCAUUUUCUCCUUUAAUACCCAAGGACACUCCUCCCUUGAUGGGCAGUGUGCUGCUGAGGGCAGCCGAGCCGACACUAAGUGAAGCAUUCCACAUGGAGCUGCACUUAAAGCUGGCAGCUUUUGACAGCAUGGACAGUCGAGAGCUGAAGGGAGAGGACAGCAUACAGGAGACAACAGCUGCCAGCAGCCAAGACCACCAAGGAGUCGUAGUUCUGAACUCUUCAAAGGACAUCGCCCCUCAUUCCCUCAGCUCUACAACUCCCCCCUCUGCCCCUCCACCUCCUCCUGCUCCUAAAAAUGCUGCCCACAUGUUGGCCCUGACUCUCAAAGAGUCUUCUAAGCAGACCUCCAUACAGCCUCAGUCCCAGGCCUCUGAGCCUCAGACACCAGUGUCCCCUUUGCAUUCACAGGAGGCCUCUGACUUCCAAGAUUUCCCACAUACACUGGCCCCACAUUUCCAGACUUCUUCCAAGGACAGUGUUAGACAAGCAUGUUCUCCACCACCAAAAAGCAUUGCGCCAAUUGUCACCACAGCCUCAUCUUAUCCUUCCACUUCCAGUCCUCCAGUCAAACAGAAGCCACUUGAGUUAACCAGCACGAUUACCAAGCCAUCAAACAGUGUCAAGUCCUCAACAAGUCCAUCUAGAACACAGCCGGACACAGAUGCCACCCAACGAGACACUCCUCUUUAUAAGUGUCCCCCACUCUCCAGUUCAAGCAGUCCUAUUUUUUCAACCAGGAAAAGUCCAGAAAAGCAGCAGCCUGUUGCAAGACAGGUCCAAGUUCAUACUAGCUCUUGCAGUGCCACUCCAGCAACCACCCCCACUGGCAGCUAUAAAGACACUGAAGUCUUACCACAGCUUGCUCCUGAGGUCAAACCAGCAGACACCACCCUGCCCCCAUUCCUUCCAAAACCAUCAGAACAGCCACCUCUGACAGCUCAAAAGCCCAAAAAGCCAGCGGUAUCACUGCCCCAACAUCAGCAGCAAAGCCAGGCUCAGAUACAACCUCAUCUUUCAACACAGCCUCAACCUCAGACCCAUCCACAGUCGCACAUGCAGUCUCACAAACAAGUGCAACCCCAAUCUCAAAUGCUCUCAAAAGCCAGUGCAAGAGUGGCCCCCACCUCUGUUGAGUCUGUUGAGAAGCCUUGGGAGGCCAUUAAGCCGGUACAGCCUACAGAGUCUGCAAAGCACCACGACGCCUAUGGACCCAAACCUCCAGCUCCAGCCCCUCCUGUCCGCACUAUUGAAAGCAAACUGGCCACUGCAGCACUCAGCCAAAAUGAAGCAUCUUAUCAUAUUCUGGAUGAGGGCCCAGGCCCUGACCAUUUGGAGGAUGUUUUGCCUCACAACCCUCUUUCUCCUCGUAAAUCUUCCACACACCAUUCAGCCUAUCUGUACCAUCCUAAAGGAGAACCAGUUUUAAUUGAACCUUCAGGAGCUGCAUACUAUCACCAGAGGCCUCUUCCUUUGGGCCCACAGUCCAUGCCUCACCACUACCGGCCAGACAGCAUCCCCCCACACCUCUCCUACGUGUCCAAGUCUGAGCCUCAGAUACCUUACAGUGCCCGUGUAGACAGAUACAGCACUUUAGGCCCCAGGUCCUACCACCACUCCAUAAAGUCCAGAGGAAGUCCCCGGAGUGUAUAUAUGUCUCCAGGUCCAGGGCAUCAGGGUUAUAACCAUGAUAGAACCCAUGGCUAUCCCACCAUCCGUAGAGUACACUCACUCCACGUUCCUUCCACUAUCCGCUCAGUGCCAAUCCAAAGGACUGAGGUUCCUCCAGAUGAUGAUAUGUUCUUCUACCACCGGCCUGUGUUUCAGUGCAAAGCCUAUCAGCAGUCCUCACAAGCUGACUACCAUGUCACUCAGCUGCAGCCUUACUUUGAGAAUGGACGGGUUCAGUAUCGCUAUAGUCCUUACUCUGGUUCAGGCCCUUUAGAGGCACCUUACUAUGACAUUGACCCUUACGGCACCAUCCGAGUCCGGCACUGCCACUCCUAUGGCAGCCGAGAUCCGGGAGCUGUAGCUGGCCGACCAGGUGGAAAGGCAACCGGGUACCACUACGUCACACGCCAUGUUCUCCCACCUGGCAAGGAGCACUGCUUUGUGAGCAGGGACAUGCCACCUAGCCAUGGGAACAGAGAAGCUGCUGCUUACCUUGCUUGGGACCCUGAAGAGUCUGAAAGACUCCACAUGCAUUCUAUCCGCAGGGAGAGCAGGGCUAGACAGAAGAUUAAAGGCCCUGUCCUCUCUCAGUAUGACAAUGUUGGUUUGUUUGCACCAGCGGAUAUAUCAGGUUAUGAAACCUUACACCUGCGUAGUAAAUCUGACCCAGGCAAAGCUGUGCUGGUUGCAGCUGAGAGCAAAGAUGGGCGCUACCUCACCAGACACAUGGUGUCAGACCCUGAUGUCUUGAUGUACAUGGAGACUGACAAGCAUGGCCAGGGCAGUGUAGUGAGUGACAAAACGGACGGACCUGCCAAGCAAAGCAGUUCCAAAAAAUGCCAAUCUUUUCACUCCCUUCCUGCUACUCUGAGCCACAGUGUCUUCCAUCAGCAGGAGAGUGGCCGACAUGAGGCCAAGUACAAGACUGGUGAUGACCAGUUGGGUGGAGAUGGCAGCAGGUCUAAACACUGGCAACAGGACUAUCCCAACAAGAGGAGCUUGCAACCACGGUAUGAGUGCCCUGAUUCUGACCACCACCUGACUAAAGUGAAAACAUCAAGUGGCUACCAAGGUACAGAUGACCAGCCAUCAGCUCCCAGUGAACAGCUCACCCGGUCCAAACCAGAGCGAUCACACAGCAUCCGGGAACAGCAGCACUACAGCCAGGGCAAACCUGACUUGGACAGAGACUACUCAUAUCAGAAACAGAGCACUAAAACAGUGCAGUCCCACUAUGAUAACUUGGACGAUUACCACCCAGUACCUCAACCUCAGGCACCUGUCCAAAAACGUGGAGGCUCCAGCUCCUGUCCCACCCCAGGAUUCACAGUGAGCCACAGUACUAGAGCAUACUCUACAGCACUGGGCCAGGGAGCCUUUAUUCAGACUGACCUCGCCACACAGAGGCCAGAAACAGAGAUACAUACAGAAGGAAGCACUGGGGGAGAGUUGUGAAAUGAGCUUUAUCUGUGUUGAAGAAAGACUCUACUGAGCUAUGGUUGAGCAGCCUCUGCAGGACAGUGGACUGUCAUAUCAUCAAUAUUUUUGCUCCUCUGUAUUUUUAAUGAAUUGUAAAGAUAAGACUUGAGACUUUUUACAGAAAGUCCUGAAUGUACCUGAAAUCAUUGUCCAAGAGGUCAUAUUAUUGUGAUUGAGACAGUAGACAGUCAUAAAUGUAUGAUAAGAAAGACAGAAAGUACUUUUAACAGGAACCGCAAAAAUAUUAAAUAUAUAUACUAUAUAUAUAUAUAUAUGACUAGAAUCACAAGUAAAAAGGGAUUUUUAGUUUUUUGUUUGUUUUUUUAGGUGUGGCGCUGGGUAUAGCAUCAACUGGGAUUAAGGUUUGCAUUUUAGAAAUGCAUGCACUCUUUCUCUUACAGAAUAGUUCUGUGUACUUCACUAUUUGUUGCGUUCUUUCUGGAUGUUACAGCACAAGUUACUGAAGGAGGAAACAUCGAUCAUCAUGCCCUCCCUCUGCUAAUAUGUAUGCAAGUAGGUGGUACAGUGUGUCUGUGUUUGUCUUGAAGAAUCCAACUAAGUGUGAGGUCUGAUAACAAGCUGCAAUGGGUUAGUUUUAGUUAAUAUAUUGGUUAUCAGUGUCUUACUUUCUCUGUGACUGUGCCAUUUUCUGUAACUUUAAUAUAAACAGAUUUCGGUGACUUCUAAUGGAAUGUUUUGGUACUUGUCUGUUCUUUAGUGGAGGAGGGACCAAAUGAUUUGGCACAGUUGUUGCACAUAAUGGGAUAAGGAGAGGAAAAUGGAUGAAUGCCAGUUGUGGCUUUAGAUGUGUAGGCUCAUGUGUAAGAGGUUAUUUUUUAUUUUGUUUUUCCCCAUCACAUUCGCAUUACUCUGAUGAAAUUGACUUACUGAACAAAGCUGAAAGCUUUCAGACAGUGUGAUAACAGUUGCAGCAGCUUUGUGCAAAAAAACAACUUUAUGAGCCUUACAUUUUGUUCCUACAGAAUUAACAUUUUACAGGCUCAUUGUCAUACAAGCCCAUUGUCAUACUACACAAAGAUUGUGAUACUUUGAUUCAAGAUCACCUUUGGUGAUUCUUGAUAGUUCAGGAUUGAUGAGUGAACUACAGGGGUUAUUUAGUUUUGUAUCACCUCACUGGUUCUUAAUUUAAAAUGAAUAGGGAGGGAUUUUUUUUUUAAAGAUAUGAGGCCAUUUUUUAAGGCUGGAAAUCAAUAUAUAGCACAUUCAUAUGGUAUUGUACUACAUGCCAUUUUGGUUAUUCAUAAUGGAUGAAUACCAUAUGUCUAAAUCCAGGUUGUAUUCUGUAAAUGUUUGACUUCUAUAUUGCUUGCAGGUUUUGCUCCUCUUGCCUUAUGUAAGCCUCUGCCUUUCCAGAUGGGGCAUUGAAUUAAGGCACCGUGUACUUGAAUGUGAAAAUACUCUUGUCUCAAAUUAGAGGUAUCUAAAGUUAGAUAUGACAUAAAACUAUUCAGGAAUAGCUGUAAUCCAUGUCUUUUUAUUGUGUUGCAUUAUGUUUCCGUUACACCUCUGCUUAGUUUGGGUCAACAGUUUCUGGAAGGACAAAAUUUUAAAUCUGUGCUGUGAUGAAAUGGUGUGACUGGCAGAUCUACAUAUGCUAUAUUUCCAAAAAGAGAGGCUAAAUUAGGACUUUUUUAAAUGAGGCCAAUAGGGGGCCUUGCAAAUGUUUAGAAAAUUUCAUAAGAAUAAUAAAAAAAAAAAUCACAUUAACAUAGGCAGAAAGAGCAGUAGAAUUUUUAAUACUCUUGAGGGUUGGGAGAGGGUUAGGGUUUG